UGGCAUACGAACCUCACGCACUCUUCGUGGCAUUGGUUUCCUGCUGAUCUGUCCCCGCCUCCAAUUCAAUCAGCUCGACUAUCAACCCGGGUGCCACGCCGCUAAGAUAAACGCACGCAGACUCCUAUCUAAUUUGGUUCGAUGAAGUCUCCGACGCGAUCGAGUGAUCGUACUCCCUUCAAAGACAUGUCGAACUCUACGAACCAAAGUGUCAUCGAUAUUAAUAAUGGAGGGGAACCUAUAGAUGUGAAAGAGCGCAAGCGGCAACGUGCUAGGGAACGAUAUGCGCAGAUGGAUGCAGAUAAAAAAGAUGAGCUACUUAAAAAGCGUCGUGAAGCCUAUCAACAAAAGAAAGCUCGACUAUUGGUUCAUUCCCAAGAGACAGAAUCAAGUCAAGAUACCAAGAACGCCGCGCCGGGAGGGAAAGACCCCUUCGCCAAGUUCGGCGACGAUUACCACACCCUGGAGCAGGUGACUGAUGCUCUUUCACAUAAUGGACUGGAGUCCUCAAAUCUAAUCGUUGGGAUUGAUUUCACCAAGAGCAACGAAUGGACAGGUAAAUUGUCCUUCAACAACCGGAGCUUGCAUGCAAUAGGGAAUACUCCAAACCCUUAUGAGCAGGCUAUAUCCAUUAUCGGGAGAACCCUCGCACGAUUUGAUGAGGACAAUCUGAUACCAUGCUUUGGAUUCGUUGAUGCUACUACUCAUGAUCAAAAGGUAUUUAGCUUCUAUCCUGAGAACGAACCGUGUGAUGGCUUUGAACAAGCACUUGGGCGAUACAGAGAAAUUGUUCCACAGCUUCGUUUGGCUGGUCCCACUUCAUUUGCACCUAUGAUUGAGACUGCUAUUGGUAUUGUUGAUAGUAGUGGUGGCCAGUACCAUGUUCUGCUCAUAAUAGCAGAUGGACAGGUUACACGCAGUGUUGACACUGGUAAUGGCCAGUUGAGCCCACAGGAAAGAGAAACUAUAGAUGCCAUUGUGAAAGCAAGUGACUACCCUUUGUCAAUUGUGCUUGUUGGAGUUGGUGAUGGGCCCUGGGAUAUGAUGAGGCAAUUUGAUGACAACAUUCCUUCUCGUGCAUUUGAUAAUUUUCAGUUUGUGAACUUCACAGAGAUCAUGUCAAGGCCUAUUCCUACUAGCAAAAAGGAGGCAGAAUUUGCUCUUUCAGCACUUAUGGAGAUCCCAGCCCAGUUCAAGGCAACAAUGAACCUCCAGCUUCUUGGCAAACGAAGAGGAUUUCCGCACCGAUCAGUGUUACCUCCACCUGUGAGGGUAUAUCAACAACCCUCUGGAUACUCAGCAGUCAAGCAGACUCAAUCGACUGGCACCGGCUAUGUGUCGCCACAGAAGAAUGCAUCAGCACCUCGACAGGACAGUGAUGUGGGUGAUCAGCAGACUUGUCCAAUCUGCUGGUCUGAAGCAAAGAACCUGGCUUUUGGAUGUGGGCACCAGACAUGCGCCGACUGCGGGAAAGAUCUGAAGGUUUGCCCCCUUUGCCAGAGGGCGAUCUCCACAAGGAUUAGGCUCUACUGAAGCUCUUGAGCGAGAAGCAAGCUAUAUAUACUUUGUGCGCACUUAGGAUAUCGGGAAAAGAACGUCGAUCUUGCUACGAAGGAAAGUGUAAAUAUAUACAUGGCCUUAGUAUUGAUGUAGUUCAUCGUUCAAACCUAAUGCUAGUGUUACUUGGCUGGUACCGAAUGCAUUUGGCUGUCAA